AUGGAGAGGAUCCGUGCUGGGAAAUUGGGGGCUCUUUUCAAUGGCCAAGGUGUCCACAUAAACCGAGAGCUGCAGCGAGUAGCUGUCGAGGAAAGUCGCCUGGGCGUUCCGCUCAUCUUUGGCGCAGAUGUGUGGCAUGGCAUGUGGACCGUGUUCCCCGCCCCCUUGGCAGAAGCUGCUUCAUGGGACCCUGACUUAGCUUACCAGACCGCCCGCGCCAGCGCAGUUGAAACCACAGCUUCGGGACUCAUGUGGACAUUCAGCCCGAUGGUUGACACGGCCCGAGACCAGCGCUGGGGCCGGAACAUCGAGGGUGCUGGAGAGGACCCCUUCCUGGGCCAGGCUUUUGCCACUGCCCGGGUCCGCGGAUUUCAGGGACCAGAUUUGAAGUCAAACGACAGUUUGGCUAGUUGUCUCAAGCAUUUUGCAGGAUAUGGGGGAGUGUUGGCUGGGCUUGACUACAGUGAGAGUGACAUGUCGGAGGCCACCUUUCGCGAUGUCUUCUUGCCCCCGUUCGUGGCCGGCAUUCGCGCGGGUGCAUUAAGCAUCAUGAGUGCUUUCCAGGCAUUGGAAGGUGUUCCAGCAACAGGAAAUCAUUGGCUUCUGACUGACGUGUUGAGAACUGAACUUGGCUUUGAAGGUUUUGUCGUCACGGAUUACAAUGCAGAUGGGGAGUUGAUCAAUCAUGGUUUUGCGGCAAACAUCUCUGAUGCUGCCGGGAUUGCUCUCUCCGCUGGGGUGGACAUGAGCAUGCACAGCGGUGCGUUCAGAAGCUUGCCCGGGCUCUUGUCUAAUGGUACGGUUUCGCUCAAACGCCUUGAUGAAGCGGUAACGAAUGUGCUGCGAGCCAAAGCCGCUAUGGGACUCUUCGCGAAUCCUUACAAGACCUUGGACCCAUCUAAAGAAUGGCCAAAAGGUCAACUUGCCAAGGUUGAAGAGCACGAUGCCCUCGCAAGACGUGCUGCCAGAGAGUCUUUGGUGUUGCUUAAGAACAACAACAGCGUCUUGCCGCUCCAGACGUGCUGCCAGCGCAUAGCAGUUAUUGGCUGGUGGACAAACAGCACCGACACCGAUGGGGUUGGGGUCAUAUGGGGCAACAAAACGCACACAGUCACCUUAUUGCAAGGUUUGCAGGCCGUGGUCAAUUCCUCGCAUCUUCGAGUGGCAGAGGGUUCCAAUGCUGAGACACCCAUCGAUGGUGGCAUUGAAGAGGCCGUUGCAGCUGCUACGUGGGCUGACGUGGUGUUGUUGACCUUGGGGGAGUCGUCACCCAUGAUCGGUGAGGCGAAGUCGGUGACAGAUCUCCAGAUCCCGGCGGCCCAGCAGCGCUUGGCUGAGGCCGUGGCCAAGGUCGGUCGGCCAACGGUAGUGCUUCUCAAGAAUGGCCGCGCCUUGGAAUUGGGAGGAGCUGUGCUGCAAGCUGAUGCCAUCAUGGUCACCUGGUUCUUGGGGCAAAUUCUUGGUUUGGGUGGCUCCAUCGGCUGCCGCAGGCAA